AUGGUUGCCAAAGCGGAAUUGGGUAGUAUUUUCAAGGUAAGCUAGGGGUACUGUAGAGUACGGUAAUCAUAUUGAUUUUUUGCAGUACGUCAUGAUUGGAUUGGGUGUGUUGCAUUUGUUGAUUGGGAUUUUGGCAGUGGUUGAGUGUGUGAGGUGAGGAUUACUGUAGAAUUGAAUCGGCAGGGUACUGUAGAUCAAAGUUGAAAACUGAAAAAAACUGUAACUCUAGCUUCCACGUAGUUCAAAUCUAGCAAGCAAUUUCGCCCAAGCUUAAUAAUAUUUUUUUCAGAGAAGGAAUAGCAAUUAGUGAUAUGUUUCCAACAUCCACAGCUUCUUCUGUUUAUAAUACAAUGCUUCCAUCACCAUUCGCUCCAUUUUUGGUUGGAGCAGUUUGCCUGGUUUUCGCAUUCAUCCCAAUUUAUUAUAUCCUUUUUGCCAUCAUUCUUCUUGAUCUAAUCGAAAUUGGACUUUUCGUCUGGCCAAUGAUUUCUGUAUUGCAAAUGGAGGAUAAAAAGACUAUGUCGGGGAUAAAAUUAGUUGUUGCUUUUCAACUGACUAUCUCUGGUGCCUCUUCUGCACAGACCACUGCGGCUUCAGAGGCGCUCAAAUCAUUAGAAGGCAUCUACGUGUUCAAUAAAGUGGUUUGUGGAAUGGGAAUUUUUGCGGCAGUUGCAACAAUUCCAGUUGCCGGAUUCCUUGCUUUGUAAGCUUUUUUUCUGCUCUGCAAGUUCCCCGCAAACUGUUUUGUUUUUUAGCAAAAACAGACCAGGCGGUGGUGGUGGAUCGUUCAGCUCAACUCAAACUUCAUGA